CCACCUUUGGCUAAAAAAAUAUGAAUUUGCAAUGAAAAUUUAAGGAUAUUAAUUAGCAAAGAGAAAAGCAUUGAAAAUCUCAAAUAAAAAUGAGAAAUCAUAAGGAAAAUUCCGAUUUGAACGGCGGAGAUGGAAGCUCAACCGGCAACUUGGCCAAAAUGGAGCCCCCGGAGAACAACAAUAAGAUUUCGGUUGUGUCCAAGCUCCUGCUAAAGGAUAGCAAUGGAAAUGGCAAUGGCAGCCGCAACAUCAACAGCAAUAGCAACAACAGCAAUGCCAGCUUCAGUUCCGCAUCAGUCGCCGGCUCGGUACAGGAUGAUAUGAUGCCGAUGCCCCACCACAAGGCCCCGGACCAGUGCGGCCUAACCCAGGCCGGACUCGAGGAGUACAACAAUAGAUCGUCAUCCUACUACGAGCAGACGGCCUUCCACCACCAGAAGCAGGCCUCCUAUGCCCAGUCCGAGGGCUACCACAGCUAUGUGUCCAGCUCGGACUCGGCCACGCCAUUUCUGGAUAAAUUACGUCAGGAGAGCGAUCUGCUGUCGCGGCAGUCGCAUCAUUGGUCGGAGAACGAUCUUUCCUCCGUUGGCAGCACCUCCGUGGCGCCGUCGCCCAUUCCCAUCAUGGCCGGCCGCCAGUCGCAUUCCCAUUCCCACUCUCAUUCACAUUCCCAUGCCAACUCCUCCGCCUCCGCCUCCUCCAGUCCCAACAACAACACCAUCAACGGAUCUGGGAACAACAACAACAGCUCCGAAAGUACUUCCUCCACGGAAACUCUCAAAUGGCUGGGCUCCAUGAGCGAUAUAUCCGAAGCGAGUCAUGUCACAGGCUAUAGCGCCAUUGCCGAAUCGGUUUCCUCCUCGCAGCUGAUUGUGCACAGCUCCCGGGUGCUGACCCCCAAGCGACACCAUAGCGAGAGUGUGCUGUACCUGCACGACAGCGAUCCGGCAGCCCAGAGCGGCACCCCCGCGGAAGGCAGUUCCUCCAAAGUCGUCUCCUCGGCGACCAAGGCGAUAUCUGAGGAGGGGAGUGGCAGUGUGGCGCAACCAAUGCGGGUGCAGCACCGCCACAGUCCCAGCUACCCGCCCGUGCACACCUCAAUGGCUCUCCACCACUUCCAGCAGCAGCAGGAUCACCAGGGCCACCACUACCAGUCCAAGCUGAGCACAAACAGUUCCUUGCAAGAGUUGGAGUCCCCGACUGAAAAGCCUCGCUCCCACCUCGGACAAUCCCACUCCAUGGGCGAUCUCCAGCAGCAGCAGCAGCAUCCCCAGCUGGGCAGGCAGCACAAGUCGAGCAUCUCGGUGACCAUUUCCAGCAGCGAGGCGGUGGUCAGCAUAGCUCCUCAGCCACCGGCCGGCAAGCCAAGCAAACUGCAGACGGAAGCCCUCAGCUGCAGUGCACCCAACGUGGGAGAGCAGAGCCCACCGACGCCGAGUGAUUCCUAUCGUAGCAACCACCGCCUCUUUCCGGUGAGCACCUACACGGAGCCGGUGCACAGCAACACCUCGCAGUACGUGCAACACCCCAAGCCGCAGUUCAGCUCGGGCCUGCACAAGUCCAACAAACUACCUGUGAUAACGCCAGCUGGAGCCACUGUCCAGCCCACCUGGCAUUCGGUGGCCGAGCGGAUCAACGACUUCGAACGCAAUCAGAUGGGGGAGCCGCCAAAGUUCACCUACCUGGAGCCGAGCAAGACCCGCGCCCUUCCCAACCCGGCUCUGAAGGCGCUCCAGAAGAACGCCGUGCAGUCCUACGUGGAGCGGCAGCAGCAGCAGCAGCAUCAGCGGCAGGAGGAGCAACAGUUGCUGCGUCCACACUCUCAAUCCUAUCAGUCCUUGCAGGGCGAACGGAAGUCUCUGCCAAACAACCUUAGUCCUAAUAUGGUGGGUCUGCCCCCCUCUUCGUCCACGAGGGACUGCAGCUCCCCGACACCACCUCCUCCUCCGCCCAGAUCCCGCAGUCUGCUGCCCAACAUCCUGCGACGAUCCAGCUCCGCCUCGGACUAUGCAGAGUUCAGGGAGAUGUACCAGUCGGGGCAUGGUCAGGCACAAGGUCAGAGGCCGCCUAGCAUCCGCAACAUAAGCAGUGCCGAGAAGAUGUCUUUCAACGACUGUGCCCUACCCCCACCACCACCUCCUCCGCGAGGUCGUGUGGCCCUGCCCACGCGGAGGACUUCAUCGGCCACGGAGUACGCUCCCAUGCGGGACAUGCUGCUUCUGCAACAGGCCGCCGCCCUGGCCCACCAGCAGCACCAUCCACAGCAGCAUCGCAGCAACAGCCAUAUGCCACCCGAGCGUCCUCCCAAGCAUCCCCACUUACGGGUUCCGUCGCCGGAGCUGCCGCCACCACCGCAAAGCGGGGAACUGGACACCAGCUAUACCUUCGACGAACCGCUGCCACCCCCACCGCCGCCGGAAGUGCUGCAGCAACGUCCGCCGCCCUCGCCCAAUCGGCGGAAUAGCUUCGCCGGAGCCGGCUCCACACGUCGCACCGCCUACGCAGCGCCACCAUCCAACAUAGUGCCCGUGGCAGCCAAGGUGCCUCCUCUAGUUCCCAAGAAGCCCACCAGCUUGCAGCACAAGCACCUCGCCAACGGAGUGGCAGUGGCAGCCAGUGGUGGCAGCCACCAGCCCACUAACAAUCGCAAGCGGCCGCAUCAUACGCCGUCGACGCAGCCCAUCCUCGAAAACGUGGCCAGCAACUCGAAUGUGGCGCCACCGCCACCGCCCCUGCUGCCUCGAGCCAGAAACAACGCCCAUGACCACGUCAUUGCCAGUAAUUUGGAAAGCAAUCAGCAGAAAAGAUCGAAUUCCAAGGCCUCGUAUUUGCCGCGCCAGAGUCUCGAAAAACUGAACAAUACUGAUCCCGAUCAUGGCAUUUACAAACUCACCCUGACCUCCAACGAGGACCUGGUGGCGCACACGAAACCCAGCUACGGGGUGACCGGAAAAUUGCCCAGCAAUCUGCCGGAUGUCCUGCCGCUGGGCGUCAAACUGCAACAGCAGCCGAAGGUGCAGCCAGGAUCGCCGAACGGCGACGCCAACGUGACCCUGCGCUAUGGCUCCAACAACAAUUUGUCCGGCAACUCGCCCACCAGUGCCACGCCCCCCUAUUACGGCGUCGGGCAGCGCUACUCCACGCCGGUCUUGAGCCAGGGCUAUGGGAAGCCGGGUGCCAAGUCGGUGCAGAAUCCACAAUACACGAGAUCUCAGUCGUACGAUGUUAAGCAGACGAAUAUGGUGAACAGUCCAACGAUGUCCCAGUCCCAUGUGGAUCUCAAACAAGUCGCCCACGAGCUGGAGACGACGCUGGAGGAGGUGCUACUGCCGCUGCCGGCCACACCCACGCCCACCGGCUCGCCUACACCGCCACGCCUCUCGCCGGCCUCCUCGCACUCGGACUGCAGUCUGAGCAACAGCUCGCUGGAGUGCACAAUCAAUCCGCACAUUUUCCGUGCGGAGGUGAUUAGCACCACUCUGACAGGAGCACCCCCAGCACCACCAUCCAAGCCACCGAUGAACCGACAGGAAUCUUUGAGGGAGAAUAUCGAGAAGAUCACCCAACUGCAGUCCCAGCUGAUGUCGACGCAUAUUAGUAGCCCUCCCUUGCUAGGAGGCGGAGGAGUGGGUGCAGGAGCCUAUAGGAUAACCAGCCCGACUGCCGAAUCACCACUGCCGACACCGCCACUGCCACCCACCAGUCCACCAAUGCAGCCCACUUUUGAAGAGGAAUCUCCUGAAACCCCGGAACCCGAAAUCGAGUCUCUGCAAUUGAUGCAGCGCAGCGAACUGGUGCUCAUAGUGAACCCCAAGCCAAGCACAACGGACAUGGCAUGCCAGACGGACGAGCUGGAGGACCGAGACACCGACCUGGAAGCGGCACGCGAAGAGCAACAAACCCGGACAACCCUACAGCCCCGUCAGCGGCAACCCAUCGAACUGGACUACGAGCACAUGAGCCGAGAGCUGGUGAAGCUCUUGGCGGCGGGCGAUAAGCUUGUGGACAUCCUCACACCAAAGAGCUGUAAGCCCAUCUCUCAGUACGUGAGUAAUCUGUACAAUCCGGAUGUGCCGCUACGACUGGCGAAGCGGGACGUGGGCACCUCGACCUUGAUGCGGAUGAAAUCCAUAACGACAACGACGGAGGUCAAGGUGGUCAGUGUGGAGCUGCAGCUCGGGGAGACCAGUGGCGAGGGAGCGAAUUUAAUCAAGCAAAAGCUGGAUGAGUUGAUCCAACAGCUGAACCAAAAAAUUGGCUCCCUGAAGCGAGAGCAGGCGACUAUAGGCGAGGAGUCAUCGGCCAAUGAUAGACUGGGCCAGGACCUGUUCGCCAAGUUGGCAGAAAAAGUGCGACCCAGCGAGGCGUCCAAGUUCCGCACCUACGUCGACGACGUGGGUCACAUCACCAGUCUGCUGCUGUCCCUUUCCGAGCGUUUGGCCCAAACCGAGAGCAGUCUGGAAGCGCGCCAGCAGGAAAAGGGCGCACUGGAAGCCAAGCGGGAUCGCCUGUAUGAGCAGCUGGAGGAGGCGCAACGCCUGAAAUCAGACAUCGACCGACGAGGAAGCAGCAUUGCCGGCCUGCUCGGCAAACACCUCAGCGCCGAUUUGUGCGCCGACUACGAUUACUUCAUCAACAUGAAGGCCAAACUGAUUGCCGAUGCACGUGAUCUGGCCGAGAGGAUCAAGAGCAGCGAGGAGCAGCUGGGCGCCCUCAGUGACGCGCUAGUCCAAAGCGAUUGUUAACUUGGCCCAUAGAGGAUGAAUGGCCAAGCCGACUUCAGAUGCGGCCGAUUCAACUGGAUGUGUGACUCCUCCCCUCCCUGCUGUCAACUACAAGUUGAGAGCCACUCGAGAGGAUCGCGAGGAUCAAGGGGAUCAAAUAGAUCGCGUAGGAUCGGCCAGUUCAGUCCGCAAUGUGUAUUAGUUUAAAACGAUGUGCUUAAUUACCACACCCACACUAUAAUGUAUAAAAUAUUUUAUGUUGAUUUGUGAUUUUCAAUUAGCUUGUAGGAUAAUUAUUUUAUGUAUCGGCCGCAUAGGUGUAAGCACUUUCUUUAUAAUUAUCAAAACAAAGAUAAACUAUAUGCAUUAAUAAAACUAUACAAAUUUAAAAA